GUGUUCAUCAGUUCUCUCAGAGUCGUCGAGCGAGCAACAUGAUCGCAAUGAAAUCUCUGUGCAUUUUGGGAUUGGUUCUUCUCAGCUUGGCUGCCACCCAAGCGCAGGUGCUCGGCGGUGUCAGCCAGUUGGAGGGUGCCAGCAGGAAGGAGGCUCUGGAACUCCUGGAUGCCACCCUCGCACAGUUGGCCACCGGAAAUGGUCCCAGCUACAAGGCACUUAAUGUGACCUCCGUGACGGGUCAGGUCGUGGCUGGAAGCCUCAACACCUACGAGGUGGAACUGGACAAUGGAUCCGACAAGAAGCAGUGCACCGUGAAGAUCUGGAGUCAGCCAUGGCUCAAGGAGAACGGCACCAACAUCAAGAUCAAGUGCUCUGGUGACGAUGGCGAACUGGACCGUACCUGGUAAAAGAUUCUAUGUGAGAAUUGCCCUCUAUGGGGCCUUUAAUGGAAAUAAUUAAAAAUCCAAAAUACACUUGAUUUAAAA